AUCGUAGAUCAAAAGCUUGACGCGUGGUGCAGGUCUACGUCAUCAAUGAGGGGCGUUGUGGGGUAAGAAGCCGCAUAGCCUGAUAUCAUUUCUGUAUUUCAUCGAUUGUGAAUUUCUAUCAAGACAAUCCUUUCGGAACACUGAAUUGAGCUCUUUACAUUUUCUUGAUUAUCUGAAAUUUCAAUUGCCACAAUGUCCUACAACGACUCUUCUUAUAGCCAAGGCGGAGGCGGAGGGGGAGGCCGUGGAUACGGAGGCCGUGAUGACGACCGUCGUGAACAAGGUGGAUAUGCUGGUGACGAGCGACGCAAUGAGGGCUAUGGCCGAGACGAGGAACGUCGUGGUGGAGGUGGUGGCUACGGACGGGAUGACGACCGCCGUGAACAAGGAGGAUAUGGUGGGGGCCGGGACGAAGACCGCCGCCAAGAAGGACACAGUAGCUCCGGAGGGUAUGGCGGUGGAGAGAGACGCCAAGAAAGCGGGUACGGAGGAGGAGAUGAUAGGAGGGAAGAACAUAACGGACGACGUCAAGAAGGGGGUGGAUAUGGUGGAUCCGGGGGAUCUGGGGGUUAUGGAGGAGAUGAUAGACGUCAAGAGAGCAAUCGCUAUGACGAGCGUCCCAGCGGUGGAAACAACGACCGUCCCUCAGGAGGAUAUUCAGGAAGCGACAACUACAACAAUGAGCGCCCUUCAGGGGGUUAUAGUGGCGGUUCAGGAGGCUAUGGUGGUUCAUCAGGCCACCAUGAUGGCCAACAGUCUUCCGGCACAUCAUAUGGUGGUGGGGGCUACGGGGGCUCAGAUGAGUUCUCUUCCGCAGCUCAACACGCUCAAUCUAGCGCCGGUAACUCAGGCGACUCAAAUCUGUUCAGCUCAGCGCUCGGCCUGCUCUCGGGCAAGAAGGAUAAACUCAAGAAUGAGGAUCUCGACGAAGAUGAUGCAGUUCGACAGCAUGAGCAGAUGUAUGGCAGCGGCGGUCAGGGUGGAAGCCAGCAAGCUAGCUCGAACAAUGUCGGUGCUGCAGCAGCCAUGCAAGCGUUAAAGAUGUUCAAUGGUAGCAGUGGUGAAGAUGCGAAGGGUGGACAGAACAAGUUCAUUGGGCUCGCGAUGGGGCAGGCUGCUCAGUUGUUCGACAAGCAACAGAGCCAGGGCAAGACUAAUCCGGAAGCUACAAAGCAAGACGCUAUUGCUCAAGCUGCUCAAAUGGCGCUGAAGUUCUACAUGAAGAGCGAGAUGGGUGGAAGCGGCGGCAGUGGCGGCGGUAGCUCUGGCGGCGGACUCGGUGGACUGCUGAAUUUGGCUAGCAAGUUCAUGAAGUAAAUAUGGAAUUUCUUACUUGAGGCUUAGUCGAUAACAACACAAACAUAGCUGAGUAAAAUACACAGUCAUAUAUUGACACUUCCCGCUUUUCGUGUUUUUUCCCUUACUGGUAGAGGGGAUUUACCGGUUGGUUUUAUUUGUGUCUAUUUUGUGAUACCCCAUCUUGUUUUCCAUAUAAAACUCUAUAAAAUAUAUUGACACUUAUCAAUCCUCAUCAUGCAGUUUACGA